UCGAGGACGCGCAAGGGGCUAAAGAGGGAUGUCUGAAUGGGUAGUGUCUUCUCGUGUCGAGGUCGCGGUAGCCAGGUGAACGCCGGUUCGAUCCUUGAUCGCGUGAUCAGUCAAGCAAGCGACGAGGAUCAAUGUCUAUUGUAUCGUCUGGCUAAUUACAAAAAGGGUGGCGAGCUGAUCGAGUCGUACAAUCAAGGGGGCCAGGCCGAGGUGGAAAAAUUGAUCAGGGAACAGUUCGGUAUCCUGAUGUACGCGGACGGGAAGGGUCAGGUGAUCAAUCGGGCCGAGUACCUGCGUUGGAAAUUCAGAGACCUCGAGCAGGUUGUGCUGCCCAUCGAGGCUUCUUUGUCACGGUUCGAUCCUUUGGCUCAAUGGAACGAUCACGAGGCAUGCUGGCAGAUGCAAUACAGAGGCUCGCUGGGAGAGACUCUCCUGCAUGUUCUGAUUAUAUGCGAUACCAGGAUACACACGCGAGUGGCGCGUAUUCUGCUCAAGUGCUUUCCACGAUUGGCCAUUGACGUUGUCGAGGGCGAGGAAUACCUGGGCGCUAGCGCGUUGCAUCUCGCGAUCGCGUACAACAAUAAUGAACUGGUGCAAGACCUCGUGGAGGCUGGCGCCAUCAUUUCUCAGCGGGCGAUAGGCAGCUUUUUCCUGCCUAGGGACCAGCAGCGAAUGAAUCCGGCUAAGAAUACGGAUUACGAGGGAUUAGCCUAUCUGGGAGAGUAUCCCCUCGCCUGGGCCGCUUGCUGUGCAAACGAGAGCGUUUACAACUUAUUACUAGACUCUGGCGCUGAUCCCGACGAGCAGGACUCUUUUGGAAACAUGAUAUUGCAUAUGGUCGUGGUUUGCGAUAAAUUGGACAUGUUCGGGUAUGCCCUUCGUCAUCCGAAGCUUCCUGCUCGCAAUGGGAUCGUGAAUGCCGCCGGACUGACCCCAUUGACGCUAGCCUGCCAGCUGGGUCGCGCAGAGGUCUUUCGGGAGAUGUUGGAACUGUCUGCACGAGAAUUCUGGCGCUACAGUAAUAUCACCUGCUCGGCGUACCCCCUGAAUGCACUCGACACGCUGUUACCUGACGGCAGAACAAACUGGAACUCCGCGCUAUUUAUCAUUCUGAACGGUACGAAGGAGGAGCACUUGGACAUGCUGGACGGUGGUAUUAUUCAGCGAUUACUCGAGGAAAAAUGGAAGACCUUUGCGCGGUUGCAGUUCUUGAAGCGGUUGAUCAUCCUGGUGUUCCAUUUGACGUCGCUGUCACUGGCCGUAUACCUAAGGCCUUCAUACGCGGACACUACGCUCCUGAAAUGGCCGGAAGAAAUCACGGAAGUCGGCCGCACGAUCGCGGAGUGCAUCACGGUGCUGGGUGUGCUGAGCUACAUUCUGGUGCAGCUAGGCGGCGAAAUCGUCAACAUCGGUCUUCUAUCGUUCAUGAAACAGUUGAGUCACGAGCCCGCCAAGCUCAUAUUCUUGAUCAGCAACCUGCUCAUACUGGCGUGCAUUCCAUGUCGUCUUGCUGGUAAUAGGCAUGCGGAAGACGCGAUACUCGUGGUUGCUGUUCCCGGCUCUUGGUUCCUCCUCAUGUUCUUCGCUGGGGCCAUCCGACUGACGGGACCAUUCGUCACCAUGGUUUACAGCAUGAUAACAGGAGACAUGCUGACCUUCGGGAUAAUCUACAUGGUGGUGCUGUUCGGCUUCUGCCAGUCGUUCUACUUUUUGUACAAAGGCUUCCCGGGAGUGAAAUCAUCCCUCUACAGUUCCUAUCACUCGACCUGGAUGGCACUGUUUCAGAUAACCCUCGGCGAUUAUAACUACGCGGACCUCAGUCACACUACCUACCCAAACCUGUCGAAGAUGGUGUUCGCCAUAUUCAUGGUGCUGGUCCCCAUACUGCUGCUGAACAUGCUGAUCGCUAUGAUGGGCAACACUUACGCGCACGUGAUCGAGCAGAGCGAGAAGGAAUGGGUGAAGCAAUGGGCGAAAAUCGUGGUCUCCUUGGAGCGUGCCGUGUCGCAGAAAGAUGCGCAGAAUUAUUUGCAAGAAUAUAGCAUUAAACUGGGACCUGGAGAUGACCCGAACAACCCUGCCUCGGAGCAGCGAGGAGUUCUGGUUAUUAAAAGUAAAUCGAAAACCAAGGCGAAGCAACGCAAAGGCGCGGUGGCUAAUUGGAAGCGCGUGGGCAAGGUGACCAUAAACGAGUUGAAGAAACGAGGUAUAACAGGCGAGGAGUUGCGACGAGUUAUGUGGGGUCGAGCUUCUUUUUCCACGCCUGUUAGAGUAAGUCCAAACGUAGCGGAGCCUCAAGUUUCCGUGGUGACCGCCGGUUUUGGGGACGCGUUGACCGCAGCGUUGGACGUGAUGGCGUUUGCCCACGAUCUCGACUUGGCCACUGCCACGGAAGGAAUUCCAUCCAACAUCGACUCGAAGCAGUCCAAGUCGAAGACUACCGACAAGGACCAAACGAAAUUGACAGCGAAUAAUCAGGAGAAAUUGACGAUAGGCGUUCAGCCGCAGCAGAAACCCUCUAUGGAAAAUGCAGAUCACUUGGCGAACGAUCCUGAGGAUAUCAACAAGAUAUCCAGCGAACCUAAGACCGUUCACGAGCUUAAUAUGAAGAACGCCAGUCAUUCAAGGCAGAUCGAGGAUUUUCAGGAUCCGCUUUUGGAACUUGUGAUUGCUUCCGAAAAUACGAGUGAUGCUGGCACGUUGUUGGAAAUAGCAGAACGCGCAGCGGCGGAUUUCGAGACUGGAGCCAGUUCGAAAAUAAAUUUACAAAUUUUGGAGCAAUUCACGAUGACCAAGAUACCCAUGGAAGAAAAAGUCACCGUCAGGAAAAAGCAAUAUUUCGUCGAGUCGAGUGAUAACGAUUUUGGCGGCGACAACCUGCUCGGAACCGAGGCCCGUCUACGUAGAAUAAGAUCAGCGAACAACAGAUUUAUCACGACACGGAGACGGUCGCGGCACGCCGACGACGACCUGUCAUCCACGUCUUCCACAUCCGUCGACAGAAAUCCCCAAUACCAGCCAUUGCUCAACGGCCCUGAGGACUCGUCGAACCGUCAAAUCGAAAGUCGGGACAGUUCCAUCGAGGCAAUUAAGCCGCAAGUAAAGCAGAACGAGCUAUGCGACUCGGCGAAGGCCAAGGCUCAGAAGCGGCGACCGAAAACGGCCAGGAACAGGGUGUCCCCGAAGGAAACAGAGGAUACUGGCCCGAGGAGAAGAGAAUCGAUCGAGCGGAAUAAGGCGGUUUCGCCGUCGACGUCGCCCACGGAUCCGCUCGAGCCAUGGAGCACACGCGGCAUUAAGGACAUGAACACGAUAUUGGCCUGGGAAGAGAACGCGCCGGACAGUCCUUAACGAAACUUUACGAUAUUAUGCGCCGUGUACCUCCGGCUGGCUGCCCGACCGACAAAAUGGCGCCGUUCUUGCCGCCAUUUCGCGACGGAUGUCCGGACCCGGCCACGGGGCAGCUUGGACCGCUCGAAACUCCGGAUUCGAGGAUGUAACGGCUUUUUCGAGGGAUCAGUGGUAACUUUGGCAAUGUCGAAGGAGACGUGUGCUUGUCAACGGCCAAUAUUUUUGUUGGGAACCAAAAAUUUUACCGAAGCUUUGAGUUGGAACGAAAUUGUGGCAAUCGAUGAUAAUUUGUAACGGGAUAC